GAUAUCAGGUCGUCAGUCGAGCUCCUCCCUUUCAGAGGGAACAACCGUCUCUCUGCCUGCAGCUGUUCAUCAUUUCAAAAUAUAUUUAUCGAGUCAUUGAGUUUUUUGUUUUUGUUCUACAACGAUAUUUCAGAGAAAAAGGAGGAAACUUCAUUAUUGAUACGACGCUGGACUGAAGUCAAACAUGAGAUCUCUUCUCGUGCUUUUCAUUCUCGUCGCUCACUCGGAAAGUGAAAGACAGUGGAAUCCAAAACCAUCAUCCGUAACGGAGCCGGCCCCACAGCAACCUCAGUCUCCGGUCCCAACGCCAUCACCCACGUCAACGCCGGCCCCGGACGCCACCAGUCCGGCCCUCGCAGCCCCGGAAGCAGCCGAGGAAGACGAGUUCCUGGGUUCAGCCGAGUGCCUGCAGAAGAGGUUCACUCGUGCGUCAUGUGACCUGGUGUUCUGCCCCCCGUGGGAGCGUUGCAUUGAUGGACGUUGCUCCUGUAAACCCCCGUAUCUGUGUCCCAUGGAGGGCGUGACCCCAGUUUGUGGACGAGACCACAGGAACUACCGCUCCUACUGCCAGGUGAUGGCGCUCUCCUGUCUGACCCAGAAAUCCGCCAUGUCCCACUUUGGGGAAAACUGUGCAGCGAGCGACCCGAAGUUCACGAGUUCGAUCGAUCCGGACACGGGAGUCGUCAGCGUCUUCAUUCCCGACACGAAGGCCGAUGGCGGCGGGGAGAAGUUGCCCGUUUGUAAGAAGCUGUGGGACAUGGCCGCUGCUAACGUGGCCUGCAGGGAGCACGGGAAUCCACUGGGCGCGGCGGUCGCUGGCGCGGUCUCGUACUCCUCCCAGACGAAUGGCCGUCCCCACGACAGGCAGUUUCCGGUCAGCUGUGUUAGCGUCCGCUGCCAAGGUUACGAGAAUUCCCUGGCUGAGUGUGCAAUCUAUGACAAGAUCGGUAUCGGGAGGAGGAGUGUCGCCACAGCAACCUGUUACCCGGUGCGGACAGGGGACGGCUGGGGUUUCUCGUGUGUGAACGGGAAGCGUGUGUUUCUGAACCAGACGUGUGACGGAGUCGACGACUGCGGCGACCGCAGCGAUGAGAUGUGCUGCAAAAGUUGCAGGAACGGUGGCUUCCGCUGUAAGACGGGAGUUUGCAUUCACAAAGACUCACUGCGUGAUGGACACGUCGACUGUCUGGACGGAGGCGACGAGACGAGCAAACACACACCUGUGGACAACAAGCCAGAGGGUGGGCACAGACUCAGAACAUCAGAUCCAGCGGAGGGGCACAGACUCCUCAGAACAUCAGGGUUUGUGAAUCCUAAGGACGAAAUACGGGCCGACAGGUUCCACCUGGAGUCCCAGUUACAGUGUGGGAUCCCCAACGCGACCACAGUGGACGACGAACAAGUGGAGGAGCGAGGAAACAGCCGCCGAGUCAAGAGAGUGGUGGGAGGAAUCCCGGCGAAACCGACUCAGAUCCAGUGGCAAGUGGCUCUGGAGGAGAACAGGAAGAUCGACUGUGGAGGAGCUUAUAUCGGAGGCUGCUGGGUUAUCACUGCUGCUCACUGUGUCAGACACAGCUCGACUACGUUCAGGGUGAAGUUUUCCAUCUGGAAGAAAUCUCGAGCUCAGGACACGACUGACAUUGUUCCUGUUCAAGAAAUUCGCAUCCACCCCAAUUACAACCCCGGCACCUACGAGAACGACAUUGCCCUGCUGAAGCUGGAGAAGCUUCCGUUCAAAGAGAAAUGCUUUGAGGACAAUCCGGCCAUCAGCGCCGUCUGCAUUCCCUGGUCCGCCCAACUCUUCCAGCCCAACCACACCUGCAGCAUCUCUGGGUGGGGGCGCACCGCAGACGGCCGAGCUGCUAGGGUGUUGCUCUGGGCCAACGUGUCGCUCAUCCACGACUGCCACAAGUUCUACGGAGAUCGCUUCAGACCGGGCAUGAUGUGUGCAGGUGAUCUGGACGGCAGCGUGGACUCGUGUCAGGGCGACAGCGGCGGUCCUCUGGUUUGUGAGGAUGAGCUGGGCGUUUCUUACCUGUGGGGCAUCGUCAGCUGGGGAGAAAAGUGUGGUCAGCCCGGGUUCCCCGGAGUUUAUACACAAGUUGCUCAUUACUUUGAGUGGAUCCGACUUCAUACAGGUUGGACCUCAGUCACCAGGUUCAACAACUGAAGUGCACACACGCACACACACACACACACACACACACACACACAAUAAAACGUGAAUUGUUUGUUUGAGUCGUUUUCGAACAUUCGUUCAAAAGUUCGUAUUUGAACCGUAAUGACCCGUUUUUAAAUUUUCACUCAUCAAACCGUCUGAAGUUUUAGAAAUUAAUUUGCAUACAUUCAAACAAAUUGCACUUCAUGUCAAAAUUUGUUCAAACUUGACUUUGAUUUUUUUUUAAAGCUCUACUGGUUGUAUUUGUGAUUAAAUAUUACAUUGUGUCCAACAAAAUGGUCGGUGAAUAUAUUAUCCUGUGUAUGGUGAACAAAAUAUUGCUAUUUGUUUAUUACAUCUAGCAAUAUAACGAUCAAUAAAAUACAAUUUUCUAACUGUAACUGAAAUAAAAGUUUCUGUUGCUACAA